CUAGCUACGCAAGAAAUGCCCACAAGGCGAGCAAGCAACAUCAUCUAUCACUUCCUCUUACAAGCUCCCCCCGAACGCCAUCGCUAACCCUUUUUAUUGUGAAUGAGAAAAUCAGACCUUCAUCACCGCCUCAAAAAGCCCCCCUCUUCUCCCUCGGGCGAACUGCCAGGCACAAUCUCCGCACUCGCCGAAUGCAUCGCCGCAUUAGCCCCGAAAGAGUUCCGCGUAAUACUGUCCGCCGCACGGCGAUGGCUCGUAUUGUUCACAACGCUACUGGACCACUCGCCACCGCCACUGUUCAGCCGGGGCGUGGUGAAGCGCGAAGCGGCGGGGAUAUCGAGGCCGCCGCCGAGGUCGAGGUCGCCGAGCGAGGGGGCGUGGGUGGAGAGGCGGUUCAUCGACGGCCGGCCUUGCGCCGCGCCUUCCUCGGCAUCGUCGAAGCCGGCGUCGUCUUCGGAGUCCUCGCCUGCCCCGCCCGUGAUCCAGCCUAGGCCGGCGUCCAUGGAGCCUAGGCCCGCGCGGUCGUGUUGGAACGAAGGGCGGGGCGGCUGCUCGGCGCGGAUGCCGGGGUGGUUUGCGUCGCGCGUGGUGUUGGAUAUGGCGCGAGUGUGGCCAAUUGAAGCGGCGGCGGCAGUAGCGGUUGCCGCAGACCCAGGCCCACCAGGCAGUCUUUCCCGUAUGGAUGACGCAGGUGCUUCGACGGGCGACAGAGGCCUCUCCGCACCACCGGUGGCCUGAAUAGGCUCAGGAGAAUCACGGUACGGCUCAUCAUCCUCCGGCUUGCCUUUCUCCUGCAACUCCAGCUCUUCCUGCUGCUGCCUCGCAAUCUCCUGUUGCAUCUCAGGCGGCAUGCGCGAAGAUCGCACCACCUCGAAUCCCUUGCCAGCCUCCUUGUCCUUCUUUUUGCCUCGUCCAAAGAGCCCCACAAAACCUUGGAGCCAAGUUUGCGCGUUCGCCGCUGGACCUUCCGGAUCCG